CGCAAUCACAUGAUGGUCAAAGGGAAGACUCUGCACACGGAAGAUUGACAGAUAUCUUUUAAAAAUCUUAGUUAUUAACAGUUGCUGUAGCCAAAAUAAUACGGUGGGCUUAUGUAAAUAGGUUUCGUGGCGUGAUGAGCAGCAGCUCUGGGCAUGCAUGCAGUUAACUAACCAGACCCACAGACAUGAAGUCAGAAAUGGUUUUCGUUUUUCUAACUUUAUGUUCUCUAACAGUAAUGAGUGUUUGGGCAGGCGAGCGUUCCUUCUCCAUAGACUACAAGAACAACUGCUUCCUCAGAGAUGGGAAACCUUUCCAGUACAUUUCGGGGAGCAUUCACUACUCCAGAGUUCCACGGUAUUACUGGAAGGACCGGCUGACGAAGAUGUACAUGACCGGACUCAACGCAAUUCAAGUGUAUGUUCCAUGGAACCUCCACGAGCCUGUGCAGGGAACCUAUACGUUUGAAGGGGACAGAGAUCUGGAGCAUUUCCUGAAUCUGGCCAAUCAGACGGGCCUGUUUGUCAUUCUGCGCCCGGGACCGUACAUCUGUGCAGAAUGGGACAUGGGCGGUUUACCUGCCUGGCUGCUACAGAACCCCAACAUCACCCUCCGCUCAGCUGAUUCAGAUUACCUUCAGGCAGUGAGUAACUGGCUGGCUGUGCUGCUCACUAAAAUGAGGCCGUGGCUUUAUCAGAAUGGAGGGAACAUCAUCACUGUUCAGGUGGAGAAUGAGUAUGGCAGCUAUUUUGCAUGUGACUACAACUACAUGCGACACCUACGCACGAUGUUCCGGGCUUUCCUAGGGGAGGACGCAGUCCUCUUUACCACUGAUGGGAACACGGAUAAAGAGCUGCUCUGUGGAACCCUGCAGGGCCUUUAUGCCACCAUAGACUUUGGAACAGACACUAAUGUAACAACAGCCUUCAGUCGUCUGAGGAAAUUUGAACCAUAUGGACCACUGGUGAACUCUGAGUUCUACACGGGUUGGUUGGAUCACUGGGGCGACCAGCACGCUUCCGUCGACACUCAGAAAGUCAGCAGAAUGCUGAGUGACAUGCUGUCCCUGGGUGCCAAUGUCAAUAUGUACAUGUUUGAAGGAGGGACUAACUUUGGUUACUGGAAUGGAGCAGAUCAUGACACACAGUUCCGACCUGUGGUGACCAGUUACGAUUACAAUGCUCCUUUAUCAGAAGCGGGAGAUCCCACUGACAAGCUGUUGGCCAUCAGGGAGGUCAUCAAGAAUUUCCGUGAUAUUCCUUUGGGACCUAUUCCUCCAGCCUCUGCUAAGAUGGCGUAUGGGUUUGUGAAUCUACAGAAGAUUGGGAACAUCAGUGGCUUGUUGGAUACUCUGUCACCACAGGGUCCAGUGCGAUCUCAAAAUCUUCUAACGUUUGAGGAAAUGAAACAAUCGUAUGGGUUCAUGCUGUACCGGACACUGCUGCCCCGGGACCUUCCACACGCCAUCUCUCUCAUCUCACCAGUCAACGGCAUACAUGACCGUGCAUACGUAUCUGUGAAUGGGGUGUACCAGGGUGUGAUGGAGAGAGACAUCACGUUAGCGGUGAACGUUAUGGGACGACGGGCUGAUCAGCUCGACAUUCUGGUGGAGAACAUGGGCAGGGUUGACUUUGGCAGCAAGAUCAAUGACCAGAAGGGCCUGUUAGGGAACCUCAUCUUGGGUAGCGAUGUGCUCUCUGAUUGGCUGAUUUACUCACUGGACAUCGAUGGAGCAAUCCAGAGUGGCUGGCCACAGUCUAUGCGCAAGGACAUCCAUUUGUUCUCCGAGACAGAUGGAGGUGAAGAAAGUGGACCAACAGUCUACUCAGGCACUCUCCAGCUCCCAGGCCCCGCCCACGACACGUUCAUCAAAUUUAAUGGAUGGAUGAAGGGCCAGGUGUGGAUAAACGGUGUGAACCUGGGCAGGUACUGGCCCCAGCGGGGGCCCCAGCAGACCCUAUACGUGCCUGGACCCCUCCUCAGUUCCUCUGUCCCCAACAAUAUCACUAUACUGGAGCUGGAGAGAGCGCCACAACACAGACGUGUGCUGUUUAUGGACCGUCCGCAGCUCAGCAAAACCACAGCCCCAUCCUGACAUACUCAAACAUGCGCGCACACACAAUAAUACUCAGACACAUGUGCUUACACAUCCUGACAUACUCAAACACACACACGCAUGCACACAUUCUGACAUACAUACAUACACACCGCUGGUAAAAGAUGGAGGGUAAAAUAAUGAACAGAAGAAAUAAAAAACAACCCUCACUCA